AUGUCGUCAACCGAGCCAAACCAACAAGACAUUCGGCUGAAAGACUGGUUAUGCCACCAUUAUAAAGCUCUUUCCCUUAUAGACCAAAUCCGCAACGAUGAGGUUGAAAACAUCCAAUCAGAAUGGAGAAAUGACAAGGGCUAUGGAACUCAUCUAACAACAUUUCUCCGCAAAACCGCCCCCCAUGCGGCUGUUUAUGUGGCAAAGGUUUUUGACCAUAGAGAAAAUCUCAAUAGCUACCAGGAUCAAAUUGCGUCGGCAAUCAGAUAUGCGGUAGAUGUAUGGAAGGUUGACAUAAUCAUCAUGCCCUGGUGGUUUAACAAAAAUCCCGGAAAGCCGAUAUAUCCUGCUAUUGAGCACGCCGCAUUUCAUGAUAUUAUGUUGGAGUGGCUACUAAGGCGAUUCAACCGUGUAGAAUGAGAUGGAUGAUGAUCUAGCUAGGGGCCUCGUAGGCCAUCUAUAUGGACUAACUAGCGGUGUAGGGAGGAGUGUCACGUGACCCUACGUUGCCUACCGGCGUGGGAGCCCAUCGGGGAUCCCAACAUAUUAU